GCCGUCAAUCAGUGCUUCCUGCGUUUCGACGUUUGGCGACAUUUUGCGGCACUUUGCGACGCUGCCGUCUGCCGACGCGCUGCUCUCCAGAGUGAGAUACCGGCAGAGGCGCAGCGGCAGAAUAAUACCUGCGAGGGGCAGAUAGUGAGCAUUGCCGGCUCCCCCACCAUCGGCAAGCAGCCUGCGCUCGUCUUGCGUGUCCGAGCUGCGCCGGUAGAUGCAGACUGUCGUCUGAGGUGGAAGCGACGCAGGGACGGCAGCGCUGAAUACGGACCCGGGCUGUGCGGCCGGUGCCCCCCGAGCGGCGCUUUAAACAUAAAAGCAGGACGCAAGAUUAGAGGGUUAAAAGCGCGCAGAGGGUUAGGGCCGGCCGAAGGAGCGGCGAAGAUGGACUAUGAUUUCAAAGUGAAGCUGACUGGCGAGCGGGAGCGCGUCGAGGACUUGUUUGAGUACGAGGGCUGCAAAGUAGGGCGAGGGACGUACGGCCAUGUGUACAAAGCAAAGCGGAAAGACGGGAAAGAUGACAAGGAGUAUGCCCUGAAGCAGAUUGAGGGCACCGGCAUCUCCAUGUCUGCCUGCCGGGAGAUUGCGCUGCUGCGGGAGCUGAAGCACCAAAAUGUCAUCUCCUUGCAGAAGGUCUUUCUGUCGCAUGCAGACCGCAAGGUCUGGCUGCUCUUCGACUAUGCCGAGCAUGACCUCUGGCACAUCAUCAAAUUCCACAGAGCCUCCAAGGCCAACAAGAAGCCGCUGCAGCUGCCACGUGGGAUGGUGAAGUCACUGCUCUACCAGAUCCUGGACGGCAUCCACUACCUGCACGCCAAUUGGGUGCUGCAUCGGGACCUGAAACCUGCUAACAUUUUGGUGAUGGGUGAGGGCCCAGAAAGGGGGCGCGUCAAGAUUGCGGACAUGGGCUUUGCCCGCCUCUUUAACUCACCAUUGAAGCCUUUAGCGGACCUGGACCCUGUGGUGGUUACGUUCUGGUAUCGAGCCCCAGAGCUGCUGCUUGGGGCCAGGCACUACACCAAAGCCAUUGACAUUUGGGCCAUCGGCUGCAUCUUCGCAGAGCUGCUGACCUCAGAGCCCAUAUUUCACUGUCGGCAGGAAGAUAUAAAGACCAGCAACCCAUACCACCAUGACCAGUUAGACCGCAUCUUCAAUGUCAUGGGCUUCCCCGCAGAUAAGGACUGGGAGGACAUAAAGAAGAUGCCGGAACACUCGACUUUGAUGAAAGACUUCAGAAGGAAUACGUACACAAAUUGCAGUCUCACAAAGUACAUGGAAAAACAUAAAGUCAAACCAGACAGCAAAGCAUUCCACUUGCUGCAGAAGCUGCUGACUAUGGACCCCAUCCGCAGGAUCACCUCUGAGCUGGCUAUGCAGGACCCGUACUUCCUGGAAGAGCCGUUGCCCACCUCAGAUGUUUUUGCUGGGUGCCAGAUCCCAUACCCCAAACGCGAAUUCCUGACAGAGGAAGAGCCAGAGGACAAAGCAGACAAGAACCAGCAGCAGCAGGGGACCAACCACACCAACGGGGCUGGGCACACGGGGAACCAGGACAAUAGUCACGCCCAAGGCCCCCCCCUCAAGAAGGUGCGAGUGGUUCCCCCCACUACUACCUCUGGCGGCCUCAUCAUGAACUCAGACUACCAGCGCUCCAAUCCACACGCUGCCUACCAGAACCCGGGACCAAGCACGUCGCUGCCCCAGAGCAGCAUGGGAUAUUCCUCUACCUCCCAGCAGCCUCCACAGUACUCCCACCAGACCCACCGUUACUGAGGCUUCACCUGUACCACCACCACCACCCCCACCCCCCCAUGCCUGGGACAAUGUACCAAGGAAGGGGCCGUGGGGCAGGACCAGGAUGUGGUCCCCACAUACACACACACAUAUACAGCCACGCAGCAUGUGGCAUUUCAAUACCCAUAUAAAAAUAAGGGAGCAGGAGCUUGAACAGUAGCUGCGUUGAGUGUUUGCUUGCCAUCACUGCAUAUAUGUGAGCGUGAGAUUCAGCUCUGGUACCCGGUACUAUUCACACACCAUGGCCAGGCGACCGUCCCAUUGGCCUGCAGGUUCUGCUCUCUCUGGACUGAUGGUCUUCUUCCCCUUCUUGUUGUCCCAAGUCUUUUGACUUCACCGAGAUAAAAGCUGCUAUGUUCUAGCCAACAGCGACGGAGUCCAAGACAAGGCCGGCGCGGGCGGCUGCUGAGCGGAGCAUGCUGGGAAGGCUGGCAUCCGCACGCACACAGUCCCAGAGCUGGGCCUCUGUGUCUGUGGUUUAUAACUCUUUACCUUUGUGUUUUGGCCUAGCACGGCUGCUAGCCUUAGCCUCUGAUGAGGAACUGAGAUGAACAUGCAUCGUACUGUACUGAAACAUUUUACAUGAUGGAGUAAGGAUCCUGAACAAUAAAAGCUCAACUGUUA